UUGGUUUGGGGGGAAAAACUGUAAAAAGUUCUUCGCGUUUUGUUGGUUUGCUGCCAUGAUUCUAACACAAAGCUGAGCAGCUCUGCACAGCAGCAGCAGGUCUCUCCUUCUUCUUCAUCUUCUUUUUCUUCAUCUUGAAAUUUUUUUGGCGGUUGGCAAAAAACGUUGGGUGAGCAUUAGCGCCACCAACUGGUAAGGAGUGUAGCAGCAGGUCUCCUCCACUGCCGAGCGUUUUAACGCUCAUGUUGCGUUUAAAAACGCAUCAGAAAACAGGUUACAACGUGUUAACGACGGUUUAAACAGUUUUAGCUGCUGGAAAAAUGACAUAGGGCACAGAUAGGAGAAGUGCAAAAUCCUCUUCUGUAUUAAAUCGAUAUAGGAAUAACGGAGAGUUGGCCACUUAUAGCUUCCAGUCCAGGACUUUAUGUCCAGUCUCGGCUCAUGCCGCCGGGACUGGAUGUAUCGAAAUUAAUGUUUCUUAAAACUGCAACGGAAACACUUUUUUUUUUUUUUUUUUUUGGCGUCACACGAGUCUCGUGAUCAACAAGCGAAUGUUAGCGGAAAAGACGAAGAAGACAACCGGAAGUGGUAGGAGGAUAAUGGCUUAGUAAGUUGUUUUUAAAAAUGAUGUAUCACGUGAACAAACUUACUUACGAGUUGUUUUAAUUGCGUUUUUUAUUUAAUAGAAGCAUCGUAAUCGCAAAAUUGUAUUUUUUUAAUGAUAUUAGCAGAAUCUCCAAAAGGUUUUGUGCACAUUUGCAAUGGAAAUGCAGCUACUUUGCUAACUUUGUGUAUCAUUUUCCUGCUUCCAGGUGUGAUUGCCUCUGGCUGCAGGUUCUCAGGUAAUAAAGCCGAGGCCGUAAAUUAUGAAUACUCGGCAGAGAGCUUUAAAUUCAGAUUCAGAGGAAGAAAAGAGUCUUUCUUCAGGGCGGGGUGCAGAUCCGACACCAGACCAACACUCUCAGCCUAAAUAUGACUGUGUCGUACUCACUAGAAGUAGCCAACGCCAGGUUUCAUGGCUUCUCCAGGCUGCUGUUCAGGUGGAAGGGAAGCAUCUACAAGCUGAUGUAUAAGGAGUUCCUGGUUUUCUGUGCCGUCUAUCUGUUUUUCAGUGUGUUUUACAGGCUCCUCCUCACGCCGAGGCAGCAGGAUCUGUUUGAGCGCGUCGCCCUUUACUGUGAUCAGUUCACCAACACGAGCUUCAUCCCCGUUCUGUUUGUCCUGGGUUUCUAUGUGAACCAGGCCUUCACCCGUUGGUGGGGUCAGUACACCAGCUUCCCGCUGCCGGACAACCUGAUGAUGGUGGUGUCCGGAAACGUGCACGGCGCCGACGACCGGGGUCGCAUGCUGCGUCGGACCCUCAUGAGGUACGCCAACCUGUCGUCGGUCCUGAUCCUCCGCUCCAUCAGCACCAGAGUCCGCAAACGCUUCCCAACGUUGGAGCACGUCGUGGAGGCAGGAUUCAUGACGACACACGAGCUGAAGAAUUUUGAGUCUCUUCACUCUGAUUUCAACAAGUACUGGAUGCCGUUGACGUGGUUCUCCAACCUGGCGGCCCAGGCCAGGCAGGAGGGCCGGGUCAGGGACGACAUCGCUCUCAGGCUGCUGAUGGACGAGCUGAAUAAUUACCGAGCCAAAUGCAGUUUGUUGUUCCACUACGACUGGAUCAGCAUCCCUCUGGUCUACACUCAGGUGGUAACCAUUGCAGUUUACUCCUUUUUCGCCUUCUGCGUCAUUGGUCGACAAUUUCUGAAUCCCGAGAAGGGAUACAGCGGUCACAGAUUUGACAUGUACGUUCCUGUUUUCACCCUGCUGCAGUUCUUCUUCUACACCGGCUGGCUAAAGGUAGGAGAGCUCAUCAUCAACCCUUUUGGUGAAGACGACGAUGACUUUGAAACCAACCAGCUGAUCGACCGAAACAUUCAGGUUUCAAUGCUGGCUGUGGACGACAUGUACCAGAACCUGGCUCCGGUUGUGAAGGACAAACACUGGAAGAACAGCCUCUUCUCGGUCCCUUACACCCAGUCGACGGCAGCGGAGACGUUCAGACCAGCUUUCAAAGGCUCCACUUUCGACAUGAGGAUGAGCGCUGAAGAUCUUGAGAUUCAUCAGCCGACCGAUGUGCCGGUGAACAAGCAGUAUUUACUUCCACGCAGCUCCCUGGGGGAUGGACUGGACGAUCUCCAGCAGAAAACCAAAGGCAUCCUGCGCAGCGGCAGCCUCCCGUACCUGAUGGACGUUUUGACUCAUCACAAUGAGGAAGACGAGGCUGUGGAAACCAAAACAGAUGCACCCAAUAACAAGAAGGCAGUGGUUAAAUCUGUGAUGGAAAAUUAAUGAAGUGAAAUACUGGUAACUAUUCAGCUGUUUUUACAUGUAAGACUGAAGAAAUCUGUCAAAUAAAACGUACAACACACAGAACAUGGAUGCUAAGAAAUAGAAAUGAGAGGUUUGAUAAGGUAUUGUGUUGAUUUGUGAUAUGAUCUGUUUUAUGUUAAGCACAUAAACGUCCAGUCAGCUAUCAGCUUAGUUUAAUACUUUAUUACACUGGAACAUCAGAUAUUGAGAGGUUUAUUAUGUGUAGAUAACAAAUGCCUUGUUCUAGUUUGCUCAUAUUUACACACCUUCCUCCUAGACUGCAGCUUGUUUAGUGUAGGUAUGUGUUAUGUAUUAUUAUAUUAUGUAAGUUAGCAAUUCACUGAGUCAUUCCUGGUGUGAGUGGAUGCAUGUUCAGGCAUAAAAUAUACUUCAGUAACAUCCUGGUGCUUAUCACACCACCAUUUAAGAAAAAGAAGUAAACUUUAUAUCUCUCAGAUAUAUUUAAGGAGGUUUUAUCAAGAUUUUGUAUUUAUUAAAAUAAAUAUUGAUAAGUAAGGCUGCCUUCGAGCACUUUAAUCAGUUUGAUGUAAUCAGAUGUAAUUACAUCAAUUACAUAUAUAAAUAUUUUCCAUCUAAGUUUUCUUAGAUGGAAAAUUUUUAUCUAACUUGAAUAAUGAAACAAAAGCAUUGUUUGAUAAUUAGCAUCAAUUGGAAUUGAACUGAAAUGUUUGUAAAAACAUUUGUUUUGAAUUGCUGCUGAAUUAACUGAACUGAAUUAAAUUAAAAUUUUGUUGAAAAAAAAA